UAUUCCGGUCAGUCGACACAUAAGGCCGUCAUGGCAAAAAAUGAAACAUACGGCUAAACGCAUUAAUCAAGAAAGGGAUUUUUUCUCUUUCACAGGCAUUGUUUUAAGUGGUUUCCUCUCAAGCAAUUACGACGGAAGGGGAAAUAAAGUUGUAUAGUUUUAAAGAAAAAACAUUUGUGCUACUAUAAAAAGACUUGCGUAUUGUUAUCUGGAUUCUAACUUGAUACUGUUUUAAAAGGCAGAUCCCCAAAAAUCUAGCCAAAUAUAAACCAUUGGAGUGUGAUCAAAAUGGAAACUGACCAAAACAUUUGCAGAAGACUUUACCAUUGUUUGUGUGAGACAAUAGGAUCAGAGGAAGUUGUAAAAGCAAGACGGCAAUUCUAUGCGACAGUAGAUUAUUUCACAGAAAAGAAACACUUUUCACUUAUUACUAGUGGCAGCACGGCAGAAGGCUUAGAAAUGGGGAGUGAUAUAGACGUAAUGUGUCUAUUUAGAUUGGUGAAUGUGAGUGAAGAAAGAACAGACGAUUCGUUUCUUAUUCCGAAUAAUUUUGUGAUGGAUACUGAAGACUGUAAACCUUGUUUUACUCAAUUAAAAGGGAACAGCUGUAAUAAUGAUGCACUAGUGAAUUGGCUUUCUUCUCCAUAUGGACAGGAAUUGCGGUUUGAAAGUGGACGUAUACGAUAUUGGAUUGUUUCGAUCGCCGGCCUCUUCAGGCCUGUGACCUUACAUGGCCCAUGUGCUUCAGACAUGAACGAAUUGGAAGGAUUUCUUGAUAUCACUGUUUGUCUGCGAUGCCAAGUUUUUAUUCAACAAGCACAACCAUGGAUUAAAAGAGAACGUUUUUGGCCUUCUCCGAAAUUGGUGUCAAAUAUAUGCAGCUAUGGUACUUUAUUUGUACCAAUAGGUUCCAAGGAUUCGCCAAAUGAACAUUUAGAAUGGAGAAUGUCUUUUUCCGUCGCUGAAAAACAUCUGAUAUUUUCGUUUACACAUACUCAGCUUUUAUGUUAUGCUCUUUUGAAACUUAUGUUAAAGCAAGUCAUUGAUAAACAAGAGAAAUUUAAUGGCUUACUUUGUUCGUAUUUCUUGAAAACCGUACUGUUCUGGGUUUCUGAGGAAUCUGAGCCAUCCAUAUGGCGACCAGAAAAUAUAUGGCCAUGUUUUUUGAAAUGUUUUAAGCGACUUAUAUAUUGCGUUUACUACAAAUAUCUUCCUCAUUAUUUUAUAAUCGAGAAUAAUUUGUUUGAUUGUAGAUUUAACAGACAACAACAUCGCGAUUUUUUAAUAUUUCUGAAUGAAUUGUAUUCGAACGGAAUAAUUUGUUUUAGGAAUUGUGAUUUCCUUUCAAACUUCUUCAACAACGUCCCUCUUGCACCAAAGAUGUCUGAUAUAGAAGUUGUUUGUUGUACAUUUAAUGCAAUUAUUCUAAUGAAUUCACGAUCAUAUUUCCGGCUAAUAGGAAUGUUCCGUAUCUUAGGAACCCCGUCCGAACAAUUGAAAAUGGGAAAAGUAUUUAUCAAGAGAAUUUUGAAUAUAAAACCCAAUGAAUUCUUGCCAUUUAUUGCCUUCUCUGGGUUUUGUCAGCUUAUAGGUAAAAGUAUGGAUAUUCACACAAAAUAUCCUAACAAAUAUAGAUAUAAACUACUGAAGCAAUUUUUGCCAUACCUUUUUAUGGGACUUCAUACGGAUUCAGUUGCCAGUUGGAUGUAUUUAGCAACAUAUUACUAUUGUUUUGGCCAGUACAGAACUUCUCUUAAACUUUUAUUCCAUGCUUUAAAGGAAUGUACCAAUGAUAAAUUAUUCAACGCAAAAUGUACAUUAACUUCUAGUAAUAUUUCUACGAUUGAGAAGGAAGGAGUACGACAAAAGAUAUGGAAAAGGAGACAUCUAUAUAAGCAUCAUGUUGUAAAUGAAAUAACUUUUUAUUAUAAUUCUCGAGUUAUUCCUCCAGAAUUAGAUGUACAGGUUACAACAAUAGGUUACAUACCAUCGAGAGUAUACAUUCAUUUUCUUAGGUUUCUCUGUUUAUAUCGGUUACAGGAAGAUUUUCAGUGUAUACACGCGAUUGAAGACCUGCGGUUAUACGUAUUUAGAACACAUCUUGAAGAUAAUGAAUGUGCUGUCGGAGAAGCCUACCAUUGUUUAGCAACAGCUUUGGUGAUCUUUGGACAGUCGAAAGAAGCUCGAUUUUAUUUUGAUAAAUCAAACUCAUAUAAAGAAAAAAAUAAGGGGUGUUAUUUCUAAUAUCUAGUCUGAUGUAAUCCAUUGAUUAUUUAUUUCGCUAAUUUGCCAAAAAAAAUAACGUUCUUUUGAAGAACUUUACCUCUCUAAAAUAGAAAAAAAGAGUCUGCUUUAAUUCUCGUUCAUGAAAUGUAAUUUUGUUUUUCAACCAUACAAUUUUUUUUCUAUUUUCCAAUUUCAUUUAGAAGUUUGCUUCCAGUAUAUUUCCCUAUGUUUGCAAAUAUCUUUAAAUUACAUUACUCUCUUGUAAUAAAUAUUAAUUAAAUAUCAUCAAAUUG